ACAACAGAAGAGAAUGUACUUAGUUAUUGGAAGAUCAUAUUUUCAUGACGCGAAACAAUUGACCAAUAAUGGUAUACAUUCGAAACUCUUUUAUUUUUAUUCUCACUUAUCUUAACGUUCCACAUGCUUGUGUUUCCGUAGCAUCGCCUGUGAACCGUACUCGGUACUUUGAGCAAAUUGCUUCCAAAUGCGAAGACAGUGUGCAGUUCUAUUAGUGUGCAUGACAUUUACCCCCACAUGGCUGUUUGGAUAAAGGCCCUAACAGUAAGCCUUUCAGAGACCCCAUCAUGUGCCCUGCUCUGUGGCAUAGUCCAAACCACCAUGGCUCCCUCAGAGUCAGAUUCCAGGCAUGCCAGUUGUAUUUCCUCUGGCCCUCGGCCACCAGGCCAGUCUUUGUGCCCCUGUGUGAUCAUGGCUGCCUCUCUUUAGUCCUAUAUGCACAUUUCAUUUCUAAAACAAACCCAGGUCCCUAACCAUGAAAGACAACGGGCUCUCUGGAGGAGGACAUUUGAACCACCGCAGUUCAAACGUGACCACAUGGGUUCCCUCCCUUGAUAUCAUUUCAUAGCCAGAUUUGUGUGUUUAUGAACCGAGCACACUUGAUGGGGCAUGUGAAGGAGUCCAUCUUGGGUAAGACAGAUGCAGAACAGCUUGGUUCUAGUCAGAAACAGGAGGGGCCUGCUGUUUACAGAAGGUCUCCUGCGGUGUGCAGAGGUCUUCUCCUCAUCCUGGAUCAUCCCCUGCCAUGUGCUGGAGCUCACAGGCACCAGGACGAGCUCUCGCUCCUUUGACCCCUGGCCCUGAUGAUUACGUAAACUGGAGGGGUAACAAAUUGCUCGACCCUCACUGUUGGAGAGCCCAAAGCCUCCUUGACUCCACUCAGCUCGGUGGUCGUCCCUAAUGACUCAACCUUUCCCAGAAGUCUCUCUGUUUCCCCAAAACAAUGGACAGCUGUGUCUUUGAGGCUCACAUGGGCUAUACACCCCACUCAGCCAUAUGGUGUUUCUCCCUGGCUUUUCUCUGUCUCUCUUAGCAAGUAAUUAGAUACGACCACGUAAUGAGGAGAGACUCUGGAAUGUGACAGCGCAAAAAUGGAUCAAAACAACUCAGUGGUUUCAUGUUUGGGGUUCGGGAGGAACAGCUCUUCUUCAGCUCAGUCUAACUUAUUGAUAAUGACAUGGGUGAGCUGUAAGGAUCCUCAGGGGAGGGGAAACCUUAGCAGUUGUGUAAUAUUGUGGGGUCAGAGUUGAACAGGGCACAUGUGGUAGGUAAAGGUGUUCCUGAAAGGGAACAUAUGUAGACAGUUGAUUGCUGAUAUUUUAAUGGAAGGUCUUGGGGGCAUUUUCAUGUGAACAUCGUCAAGUCAUUCAGAUUUUCAGAUGUCCCAGUUCUUAUUUUGUUCUUAUUUCCUCUAUUUGAGGUUUUGGCGAUAUACUAAAAUCCCCUUUUAAAUGUUCUUUCCUUAUUAACCCUCUUGACAUCUUUGCCUGAAGUUAUGCAAUGCCAGAGAAUUUGUGCUAAGCUUGAACAUUUUAUCUGGCUUUUAAUCACAUGAAAAUGUCCCCAACUCUCCCCACAAAAUAAUAUCAGGAACCAAACAAAAUGAAAGCAAAAAAACAUGUUGUCCACCAUACCAUGAUGAUACCUAUCUGUCUGUUUUCCGAAAUCACAGCAUCUAUGUUAUUCCACACGGCAUGUUUUAUGGAUCCAGUUUCCUGGUGUGUGCGUGUACGUGUGUGUGUACAUGCAUGUGUGUGAUGAAGGCAGCUCUAAAUCUGUUACUCAUUGGCUAACUCUUAUCACAUGUUCUGGGACUUUCUGGGUAUUUUCACACUGUGGACCUCACCAGGAAAACACCGUAAACUCCAGGGCUGAAACAUGUCCCUAACAUGUCCUAGCAGGGAGCUGAUCUGUAGGAAAUAUAAAAGGUUAAAGCUGACAGUGGCUUUCUUCUUGUCACAUCUGUUGUACAUUUCACCAAUGUUACUUCUGAGCUGUGUGUAAGAUGCCUUGCUUCAUGGUGUCUAAUAAGUUACAGAGAGUGGCUAAAUUUAAGGGGAAAUGUCAUGCUUGUUGUGGGCACACAGCAGAGUGGUGUAAGAUAACCCAGAAGUGACCUGGGAUGGUUCACAUUAGGGUCACAGUGCACCUUUGUCCUGGGUGGGCUAUAAUAAACCACUUGAGGAAGAAAGGCCCGCGGUGGAGCACAAGUUUCCCCAGGGUCAGUGGAGAGCUUUCUCUAAGAGGAAGUCAGGAGCUGCUGAGUAGUGAACAAUGCUGCCAAAUCAGCAGUGUGUUCCUUCUCAUUUAGACUCUAAUGACACAGUAGUACACAUCAGUGAUUGGUGGUCUUCUGUUUGAGGCAUUCAGACAAGAGAUCAAACACACUAGGAACUCGCUGUUCUGGAUUGUCAGCUAUUUUAUGCAGACAGCUUCCCAUGACAUGUAAUAUAGAUGUUUCUAUUUUGGUCCCGUUUUGAACUCUUAACGUAUUUUCUCACAGUUUGUUUCUAGAUUUUUUGGAGCCAAUCUCUUCAAUCUCAAAUGAGACCAGACAGAGGCUUUUCCCCUGUGCUUUCUGUUUCUUAUGUUUGGAAUUUUAUAAAAAAUUGCUUGUAAAUGUGGAAGAUCCCCUUACACCCCAUGCAGGUCAAAUUGAAAGUGAAUAGUGUUUGAAAGAAAAUCACCAGUAGACUGAUGUAGGAAACGAGGAGGAGUCUCUGGUUGGAAUAGUGGAUCGUUUUAAUAAGUCACACAUUGAGUGGAUGUUUACAGGGACAACACAAGCCUCUUACACUUUCAUCUCCCUAAACAUGCCGGACUAGCCACAGCUUUUUACACACACUUGGAAACAAGUCUUGUAGUUAUUUUAUAUCCUCAUUCCUGGCUUGGGACCCGUCACAAAGAUGGCAGCCCUCUCCGGGCUCCAAGGCAGCCAUGUUGGUGAAGGUGAACAGCGUCAGCAGGACACAGCCAGGAGGAGCCUCUAGUGCUGCCGUGCAGCAACAGCACAGCACACAUGCCAAGCCCAACAGCCACAACACCUUCACACUUCUCCCUGUUAGUAAUAAGCCUCCAGGGGGUCACGUCUGCUCUGUACAGGGCUAUAAGACUGCCCCUUCUGGCAAGAUGGCUGCCGAUGCCCGUCAGGCUCACCACCUGAGGAAGGGGAGUAACGGCAGCUUCUGUCUGGUGACCUCCGACCCUGGCCACCCUAGCCCUGGCCCUCAGAGGUCCCAGACGAGCACCCCGCGACCUGUUUCUCCCCAGUAUGGCUCUGGGUCUCCGCUCUAUGAUGACCCAGUGUCAGAGUGUCCAAUCUAUGACGAGCCCCCAGUGGACAUGGAGGUGGAGGGGGCUCACCUCCACAACGGACCCUCCCUGCCCCGCCUCACCCCCAAUCACAGCCUCCAGAAAUCCAGGUUCCUCCAGCAACCUGGUCCCUCUCACUUAGGCUCCAGACACAAGAGAAACCCCUCUGCCUCCGACUACAGCCCAGCAGGCCUGGAAUGCAUCAAGCACAUGGUCAACGUAGACCCCAAACAGGGGGUUCUGUCCAGCUCUCCUGUCCCUACACGCACCCCCUCCCCAAUCUCUAGACCUGACCCCCAGGCCCAGCCCAAUCCCCAUCACCAGCCCCAGGCUCAUCCCCAGGCUCAUCCCCAGGCUCAUCCCCAGGCUCAUCCCCAGGCUCAUCCCCAGGUUCAUCACCAGCCCCAGGCUCAUCCCCAGGCUCAGCCCCAGAUCCAGUCCCGAGGGCAACAGCGAGAGAGGGAGCCCGGGACACCUGGCCCUAACACCCUGGAGAAGAAGCAAACAUGGAGGGCCCUGGAGGCCACUGUGCAGAGAGCCAUGGAAGCACGCCACAGUAGACAAAGUAGCCAGGCCUCCCAGGACUUCCCUACCCCGCCUCCACAGCCUGCAGCUACCUACCAGGACUCUGGCUACUCCACUGGACCCUCCCCCAGCCUGAGGAGAAAGAGCCGCAGAAGAGUUGGGGCCGGGGGUCGGCCCGGCUCAGUGGGCAGCAGCGGGGAGCUGUGUGCCCUCAAUGAGAGGCUGAUGGCGGAGAUGAGGGAGGUGGUGAGCCGCUCCAACACUAUGAGGGAGGUUAGGGCUGAUUGUGAGGUGGGGGAGAGGGGGGCUGUGCCCCGGACUCGCUCCCCAGCUGAGUCCCUCAGGUGGUUUGGAGGAGGGAGGUGCUCAUCCAGGGAGGAUGUCGUUUCUGGCGCUGGUGCCAGCCGCUCGUUGAGCAGGGUGGGUAACCAUGGCAAUGCGGCCUUGAACCCACUGGAGAUGCCUGGGAGGCAGAAGAGGACCUACGAGAAGGUGGACACUCUGGAGAUGAGCAUCGCCAGCCAGGCCAGUCUGUCCUCCCCAGAGACCUCCGGACCACCACCCCAGGUGGGGACUCUGGAACUGCAGGCUCAGUUGGACAGCAGGAAAAAAGGGAUGGUCGACGGCCGGACCGGCUCCUUGGGCCCCCACCGCCCCGUUACCCAUGACAACCAAGAGAUAGGAGAGGAGGGGGGAGGAGGAGGAGGAAGAGCAGGUUCUUCCUACCAGCUCUCCUAUGCCACCCUGCGCCAGCCCCCACCCCCAGACACAGGCAUGGCUGACUGGGCCAGCAAGCACCUGAACAUGCACACCCAGGGCCUGUUCCGCCGACGUGUUUCCAUCGCCAACAUGCUAUCCUGGAACCGCGGCUCCAUCAAGAAGCCUAUGUUGGUGACCAGUGACCGCGCUGUCAGGAAGGAGGCGUGCGAAAUGUUCAAGCUGGUUCAGGCCUACAUGGGUGACCGGCCCUCGCGGCUGGACCGCCGCCACUCCGCCCUGCUCAUUGUCACCAAGUGCUGGGGCAUGCAGGGCUUGCGGGACGAGCUAUAUGUGCAGCUGGUCAGACAGACCACAGGCAACACUAGCCCCAGGAGCUUGGCAGCUGGUUGGGAGCUGAUGGCCGUCAGCCUGGCCUUCUUUGCCCCCUCGCCCAAGUUCCGCUGCUACCUGGAAGGAUACAUCCAGAGGCACACGGAGCCGGCCAACGACAAGAAACGUGAGUCUCAGACUGAGCAACAGGUUACUCAGUUCAUACUGGACCAGCAGGACCUGAAGCUGAAAAAGAAUUCAAAGUCCAGAAAGAAACGCAAACAGAACACAGACGAAGAAGAGGGCCUCCCAAUUAGCACAUAUGCUAAGUUCUGUUACCGCAAACUGCAGAAGGUGGCCAUAACUGGAGGCAAGAAGGGUCUUCGUAAACCCACCCUGGAGGAGAUCGACCACAGCAGACGGGCCAUCGUGACCCCCUCCCUGUUUGGCAGCUCCCUGGAGGAGGUGAUGGAGCGCCAGAGUGAGCUGUUCCCGGACAGGAAGCUGCCCUGGGUGCAGGUGCAGCUCUCCCAGUAUGUACUGGCUCUGGGUGGAGCCCAAACCGAGGGCAUCUUCAGGGUGCCUGGAGACAUUGAUGAAGUGAAUGCACUGAAGCUCCAGGUGGAUCAAUGGAGAAUCCCAGAAAACCUGUCGGACCCUAACGUACCUGCCUCUCUGAUGAAGCUGUGGUAUCGGGAGUUGGAGGAGCCUCUUAUUCCCAUGAAUUUCUACAAGCAGUGUGUCAGUAACUAUGACGACCCUGUAGCAGCCAUCGCAGUGGUGCAGUCCCUCCCUGAGCUCAACAGACUGGUCCUGUGCUACUUCAUCCAUUUCCUUCAGGUGUUUGCCCAGCCUACCAAUGUGUCUGUAACAAAGAUGGACGUGAAUAAUCUUGCCAUGGUCAUGGCUCCCAACUGCCUUCGCUGCCAGUCUGAUGACCCGCGUGUGAUAUUCGAGAACACACGCAAGGAGAUGUCCUUCCUGCGGAUGCUCAUUGUCCAUCUGGACACAAGUUUCAUUGAGGGUGUUGUGUGAGCUCCUGGCUCCUCUUGUAUUCGAGGCACUGAAUUUCAAUGUGAACAGAACAUGAGGACAAAACUGUAAACUAAACAAGACGUUUACUCAUGGUCUCACCAUAUACACCACAUUCAUGAGUACUGUAAAUUAUAGUUUGGUAAGAUAUUGGCUCUAUCCACAGUCCUACUUUCUGACUGAGAGUAAUAGACCUGACCUCUGCAUGUUGUGUGCUUUCAUGUCACACCCACUGUGGUGACACAUUAGAAAAGUAAAAACUUUGGAAUCCUUCAAACCGGUUUUAAUCUGUCUUCUUUUGAUGAUUAUUUUGUAACUGCAUGUAAACCUUGACAUUACUAAAUUUGAAUUUAUAAAAUGACACUCAAAUAAUACUUUUGGUAGUGGAAAAUGCUAGCUUAAUGCACCAGACAACAAUGCCUUAUUUAUACAAACAAGCAAUGUUGACAUUUGGCCAUUUGUCUGGCUUUGCUGUCAGGUUUCUUACUAAUGUUUUUGUGUCUGUGUUGUUAACACACAUCUGUGUGUGUGUGUGUGUGUGUGUCUGUUUGUGACACAGUAAUGUACAAACCAAGAGAUGAAUAUAAGGAAAAUCAUGUAAAAAAGCUUGCCUGUGAUGUUUUAGUGGUUAUGUUAAUAUCAGUAAAUUUUAACUAGGAUGGUUAUUUAAUUAAAUAAUACCGCAAUAUCUGUUAUACAUUAAAGAUCCCACAUUUCAAAGCACAAACUGAAAGUAUGCCUUUUUGGAUCAUUUUAGCUUGGUGUUCAGUUAAGUGAACAAAAGGGAUUUUCCACAGCUCAAUUAAACCGAGGUCAGUGUUUAGGGUACAUAUAUAUUAUGUAUGAUUUAUCCUUUAACAUUUUGAGACGAUAACACACCCACGUCUGUAAUCUGACUCCAUUCUCUGCAACUCAGUUUACUGUUAGUUCUAUUAUGUAUGAUGUUAUAUCCUUUGGCUCGGGUGUUUAAACGGGUGUAGGUACUCAUGGCUUCCCCUUCUUUCACUGCUCUCAAACUAAGGAUGAAGCAGUGUUUUAACUGUCAAGCACUACAAUAUAUUGUAGAUAUGACUGCCCUCUGGAGGCUUUGAUGAUGUACAUACGUUCCGCUUGUAAAUAAAUAAAUAGGUAUUUUGAAUGGAUCUACAGUAAAGGUGAACCUUCCUGUUAACAGGAAGAACACAUUUUUGUAAUUAAUGUUAACUUCCCUGCUGUAUGUGCCUGCCUUUGAAGAUAGUACUGAUUAAAACCACUCUCCACGUGUGUGUUCAUGUUUGCAUAUCCCUUGUUAUACUGCGGAAUGAUUAUUCUAU